UUUAAAGAUAAAAUUGUCUGUUUACAUUGUUUUGAAAAAUCGCAAACCUCUGCAAAAUUGUUUUGUGUUGCGUUGUAAUUUCUGACUUGUAUGUGUUCCAAUAUCAUGAAUAUGUUCUGCUUGACUAUAGAAUGCAUGAAGUAAAAUUUGUCUUCAGUUAUAUCAGUGCUUUGAGUGUGAAGUUGGAACCCAUGUCUAUCAAGUUUGUAGGUUGCUAACUUGUCUUGUACCAGUACCAAUAGAUAAAGGAUACCAGAUUUCCUCUUUAAGACAAAUCUACCAAUACAACAUUGGAGCAGCUGUGAACCUGACACAACAACUGCAAAUAUGGCUGAUAACAAGUAUAUCGUUGGGUAUGCCAAACUGGGAACAUCAGGAUGUAAGAAAUGUAAAACUAAGAUCGCCAAAGGUGAACUUAGAAUUGGCAAAGUCACGACCAAUCCAUUCUCUGACGAGGGGGGAGAUAUGAAACAAUGGUUUCAUCCAAAUUGUAUGUUUGAAACUUUCAAACGAGCCAGAGCAACGACAAAGAAGAUAGAAGAAGGAGAAGAUAUGGAUGGGUUUGGAGAUCUUCAACAAGAAGAUAAAGAUCGUCUAAAUAAAAUGAUUGAUGAUUCCCAAGCCAACUCAAAGUCUCCUGCAAAAACUCCAAAAAGGACACCAAAAGCCACUACACAAGCAAAACUGCCAUUUAAUUCACCUUCAAAGUCUCCACCUAAACCUUCACCUACAAAACCAGCAGCUUCUCCAAAGGCUGGACCAUCAUCUGCUGAUAGUGACGAAGAACCAGGAACCAGUAAGAAAGGAGAUUCUAGUGAUAACUUUAGGAACUACAGGAAGUUAUGUGCAGACAUUGCUGCCGAGAGUAGCUACCUGGCAAAAACUCAGAAAGUAUCCAAUUUCUUAAAAAAUGGUCCUAAUGGAGAUGGAUUUAAAGGUGAUGCCUACUUGUGGUUGAAGUUACUGUUACCUGGAUUUGUGAAGCGUGUUUAUAAUGUGAAGAGUAAACAGCUGGUUAAAUUAUUUAGCCAGAUUUUUAGUACAUCUCUAGAAGAAAUGGUUGAAGAUCUUAAUCAGGGAGAUGUAGCAGAAACAGUGAGAAUUUUCUUUGAACAAAGUGAUACAUUACAGCCACAAAAGAAAAGUACUCUUUUAUUAAAGGAGGUUGACGAUUAUUUGGAGGACCUGUCCAAUGUUACAAAAGAAGAUGACCAGCUAAGAAUUUUAAAGAAAGUUACAAAAAGAUGUUCAUCCAAUGAUUUAAAGAUGUUUGUGAGGUUGAUUAAACAUGACUUGAGAAUUAAUGCAGGAGCAAAACACAUCUUAGAUGGAUUAGAUGAAAAUGCUUAUGCUGCUUUCCAAGCUUCCAGGGACUUGAAGGAUGUUGUAGAGAGAGUAAUGGAAGGAAGGGAUGGCUCCAAACCAGGAAUGAGUAAAAAACUCAGUGUACGAGCAUCACUUAUGACUCCUGUAUUACCAAUGUUGGCAGAGGCUUGUAGAUCAGUGGAGUAUGCCAUGAAAAAAUGUCCAAAUGGAAUGUAUGCUGAGAUAAAGUAUGAUGGAGAAAGAGUUCAACUCCAUAAAAAGGGAGAUAAAUUCUCCUACUUCAGUAGAAGCUUGAAACCUGUACAGCCCCAUAAGGUGCAGCAUUUUUCUGAGUUCAUUCCAAAAGCAUUUCCAUCAGGAGAUGACCUCAUUCUCGAUGCUGAAGUUUUAUUGGUGGAUACAAAAACAAGCAAGCCUUUACCUUUUGGUUCUUUAGGGGUGCAUAAGAAAGCUAAAUUCCAGGAUGCACAAGUGUGUUUGUUCAUAUUUGAUUGUCUGCAUUUAAAUGGAGAAAACAUAAUGCAAAAACCUAUCAAAGAAAGACGUAGAGUUCUUCACGAUGAGAUGACAGAGAUAAAAAACAGGAUAAUGUUUUCAGAGAUGAAACUCAUCAAAGAUCCAGAAGACCUGCAGGAUAUGAUGAAUGAUGUAUUUAGACAAGGAUUGGAAGGUCUGGUGUUGAAAGAUUUAAAAAGUAUAUAUGCCCCAGGAAAGAGACAUUGGUUGAAAGUGAAGAAAGAUUAUUUACAAGAAGGAACAAUGGCUGACUCAGCAGAUUUAAUUGUCCUUGGAGCUUAUUAUGGUACAGGGAAUAAAGGUGGUAUUAUGUCCAUAUUUUUACUUGGAGCAUAUGACCCCCACACCAAGAAAUUCUGCACAGUAACAAAAUGUCACAGUGGUUUUGAUGACAAGACGUUAGACGAAUUGCAGAAAGAACUUGAUGUUGUCAAAAUCGGCAAAGAUGCUUUAAAGGUUCCAAGCUGGUUGAACGUGAACAAGAACUUAAUCCCAGACUUUGUGGUCAAAGAUCCUAAAAAGUCACCAAUCUGGGAAAUCAUGGGAGCAGAGUUUAGUCAAUCUUCUGCCCAUACAGCUGAUGGUAUAUCAAUAAGAUUCCCAAGAAUCGCUAAAGUUAGAGACGAUAAAACUUGGGAGAAUGCUACUGAUGUUCCAAGGUUAAAGAUAUUGUUUAAAAAGUCCAAAGAGACAUCAGACAUGUUUCCUCCAAAGAAAGGGAAAUCCCCUGCAGCCACACCAAAAAAGAAGAAAAUCGGAGAUGAUGACGAUGAUAGUGGUAGUGAAACAGAGGAUGAUGGGAAUAAUAAUGGUUUUGAGACCCCUCCAGCCACACCCACUAAAGGGAAACUACCCAUUAAGAAAGAGAUCGCAGAUGAUAAGGUGACAUUAACACCCACCAAGGCCACUCCCAUUAAAGGAAAAUUUCCCAUGAAGAAAGAAAUCUCAGAUGAUGAGAUGACAGAAACACACACAAAGGCCACUCCCACUAAAGGGAAAUCACCAAUGAAACGUCAAGCCUCAGAUGUUGAUGAUGAAAGAGAACACAAACCAUCAUCAGCUAAGAAGAGCAAGGUGAAUGUAUUAUGUAACUAUGGGGAUUACUGUUACCAAAAGAAUCCAGAUCAUUUAGAGAAGUUUUAUCAUCCUAAAAAGAGUUUACCUGAUGUUUUUAAUGGAGCAAAGAUUUGUAUCCCAGAGAAGAUCAAAGAUUACAGAUUAUUAAAGAGAUUUAUUAUUGGAUUUGAUGGUGAUGUUGUACCAGAGUACAUUUAUGAAAAAGCCACUCAUAUCAUAGUAGAAUCAGGGAAAACUGCUCCAAAGAUAAAAGGCAAAGGAGUAUGUGUAACAGUGGACUGGCUGCUUAAUAGUAUUAAGAAAAAAUCAUUAGAACCUACUAAACCUUAUCUUGUCACAUGAUUCUGUACAAAAUUGUCUAGAUCACAUGAUUUUUGUUUAUAUUUGGUCACAUGAUCAUAGCUGUUUGAACUUUGACUACAUGGAAUUUGAACUUAAUAUGAUUUCCAGACUGUGAUAAACCACAUAUGAAGUUUUUAAAGAAAUAAUUCUUUUUUGAAAAUUCAUGACUUUUUUUGUUCAAAGCCGGAUUAUGAGACAUGUUUUAUUUGUAAAUGCAAAACUUCAAAAAUCAAAGUGUUUCACACUUAAAAGUCAACUACAAGAAAUUAUGUCUUUUGUCUAAAAUAUUGAACCACUUAUUGUGAUGAUUGUUAACAUUUGUCUAAAAUUACCUGUUAAAGACAUUACAGGUUUUCUAAAAAAAAAGGAGUUUUAGAAAAAGAAAGAAUAAGGCGUUUUAAAUGAUUUAUUUAGACAUUUAAUUUCUGUAAAAAGGGUACAUUCCUGGUCCCUUUAUUUUGGUUAUUGUUUGAUGAAAUUAAGCCAUCAAUGACUUUCCUUAAUGUUCACAAUUGAUAAAUGGGGUUCAUCGAUAUUCUUAGAAAAUAGCUGGGUGCAAGAUCAAGCCGUCUACCUAAUCUGCAGUAUUUCCUAUCAUGCAUCACCUGCAAGGGUGGAUGGUACUUACCUCAUUAAAUAUAUGGUUGUGUAUAUGAGCUUGUAGUUGAAUGGUAUCAGGGGUAAAUUUCAGGUUUUCAUUUACUUGCUUUGUACCUUUUUUUUUAGGUACCAAAAACCAUUAUGUGAUAAUUUUAUCCUUGAAAAAGGAUUAAUGUAAUUAGAAUUUAUCUAUGGUUGUUUGUUAUAUUGAUAUGUGCUGAAGUCAAUGCUGAUUUAAUAGGUGAAAGUUGCUAUUGCUUUGAUUUUGUCAUUUAUAUUUGCUUGAUAAAUUGUGGU